AUGAAGUUCUCUUCGUUAGGCGCUGCCUUGGCCCUCUCUCUGCCGUUGGCCAAGGGUUCACCACAAUACACCAACUCCAAACCGCCGUCUUGCCGUUUCGGCCUUGAGUGGUCUCAAAAAGAUGUACUCCAACGCCCUGAUGACUUUACUUGGGACCUUCUCUACUGGGAAGGCAAGUUUCAUCAGAACGAUGUAGCCUACAACACCAAGAAUGGCAUGUCGUACGAUGGUACCCAGCUUGACUGGAAGACUGGUAUGCGCACCAAAAAGCAUACCUUCAGUGCUGCCAGUAAAGAAGCCCUGCAAAUUAUGCUUUACGCCCAAGCCAUUUCGGGAUCGAAGGAAGCUGCCCGUUUUCUAACUCCUGAGAACCUUCAAGCCGCCCCGGUAUUUGCUGCAUCUAUCAUGGAGACAAAGCUCAACACGUACAAACAGUUUAAUCAGACUUAUCCUGGCUUCGGUGGCUUUCUUCCUUGGAUCAAGACGGAUGUUCAGAAGAUUUCGCCGCAGGAUGAUUGGGAUGACAGAGUUCCAGGUCUGGACAAUGGGGAGCUUAUUUGGGCUGUUUACGCCUGUAUCGAAGCCCUUCAGAGACAGUCCAGUGCAAAAUUCCACAAAAUUGCCGACGGGUGGCAGCAUUGGCUCGAGUAUGUUGCUUCAACUGCUCCCAAGAUCUUCUACAUGGGCAAAGGGAAGGUCUGUGCCGUGACUGCAAUCAGUGACCAGACUCUCUCAGUAAAUCACAAGCAGCAGUCUUACAAGUGUGAGACCGAAACCUACCUGGAUGAUCCCUACGAGGGAGAGCUUUUGACCUACUUCUUGCAAUUCUUUACCAACUUAUCUAAAAAGGAUAAGCAAACACUCUGGGAAUACAAGCGACCCAAAUUGGAGAAAGCAGAAUAUAAUAAAGGCGGUGUCGGUCCCAUCACUGUUCGAAAAGGGUUCUGGUUCUCCAGUCAUGAGAUUUGGAACCAGCUCGAGUUGCCAUAUCAUGAUGUCGAGAUCGUUCGACGCCUAUUCAAAAACGGUGAGCGCGCUCGCACGUGUAACUCUGUUGUCACUAGAUCUCCUGGUCUCUACGCUUCGGUCAACAACUCGACCGAUCCAAAGACUGAUGAAAUCAUCGGCUACAUUUCGCCUGCCGGUAUUCCCUCAAUCGCUAGUCAGAAGGAUCAAGAGCUCGAUGUUAUCACCCCCUACGGUGUGUUCCCAGUUGUCUUGUUUGAUAAGGCGACUGGCCUUGCCUGGUGGAGGAACAUGAUUGUUGCCAAGAAAAUGCAAAAUCCUUACGGCAGUACUGAAUCAACUCGCAUUGACGGCGAAGGUGUUUCAGCGCUUGUGACAUGGGACAGCAAAGUCACUACCGUGGUUGCACUUAUGGGUGGAGUUGUCGACCUUGUGCGGGAUCGUAUGAAGUCGGACGGCGUUUAUAAAGAGUUUUUGGAAAUCACAGAGCGUGAACAUGUUCGAGUCUUUGGCCAUGACUUGAAAGGUGAAGAUAUCAAGUUUUGUCUUCCCAACAACCAGGUACCUGAUGCCGGGUUGAAGGAUUUCACAGCCUGCCAAAAGUAG